AACAAGAUGACACACAGACUGAACAUUUACCCGAUGAAGAAGUGCCCACUUAUAGAAGAUCACAACUUAGAUAUUUAAUCACAAUAAAAAGAAAACUCUUGCUGAAAACAUGAGAUUACUUUGAGGAGACUCUGGCAGGAAAGAUGUCUCACAUGUAAGGAUAUAAUGGAGCAUACUCCAUUCAUCCCUCCACUGGCUCUCCACGGCUUCUCUAUGGAAAACAGUGGAGCACACUACAAGGAUGCACUUCGGCUGCGACUGCCCCUCCACCUGGACGCAUAUCUGGACCCAGUGCACGGCCAGAGGUUACCCUACAGACGGCUAACUUAUUUCCCUUUCCACGUCCCCUUUGGUGUGUGUGAUUAUUCCUUUGAACCUGCUUUUAUCCGGAAAAGGAACGAAAGGGAGCGGCACCGAGUGCGCUGCGUAAACGAAGGUUACGCACGGCUCAGAGAGCAUCUGCCGCAGGAGUUUGAGGACAAGCGGCUCAGCAAAGUGGAGACCCUGCGUGCUGCUAUUGACUAUAUCAAACACCUGCAGAGCCAGCUUGACUUAAACGUGUCCGGGAUGGAGAUGCCACUCGUUGGAAACGCGCGUACUCGUGCGUCGCUGCCGCAGAGGACAGAGUGCAACAGUGGUGGAGAAUCCAAAACUGGCCUCAACGACAGUGAGGAAAUUGUUUACUGAUAUUAAGUGUAUCUCUU